UAAUAACGAUUCAAUGUAUUCAUUUAAAAAAAAUUCAAAACAAAAAGAAGGUGCGGCCUCUUGCUCAGUAUAAUGACAGAUACGUGGCAAUAAACCUAAACUAGAAUCAUCACCUUGCCGCUUUCGGGAGCUGGAAUAGGCGUGCUAGUUACUGUACCUGUCUGUAGGAGGAAGGAGGAAACAUUUGCUGCAAGUGUGUGUGCUUGUAAAAACUAUUUAACUCGACUCUCUGCUUCAUUCGCUGAAGUGCUGUCAGACAACGCACUGAGGAAAGCCGCCGCCACUCUCCAAACAAACAUCUAUUUUACGCGUGUCUGUGAGGAGGGCAGUGCGGGGAUGAAAGCAUGAAACAAUCGCGAUUUCCCAAGUUCUUCCAGAAACUUUCCCUCGCCUUCUCCGGAAGAAAAUACCAACUGCUCCAGGACAGUGAUUUGCACGGCAAGGAGAAUGGGGAGCUCCAGGAACUAAAAGUUAAUGGCAAAAGUCAGCCAAUUGUGCCUAUAUCUUCCAAAGAAGCUAGCACACGGUACCUGGAUGAGCUAGUAAGCGAUCUUCAGGCUGACUUACAGAAUGGGCUCACAAAGAUCCAUGUGCAGGAACGUCGGCAUCUGUAUGGAUGGAAUGAUUUUGAAGUGGCUAAACCCGAACCAAUUUGGAAGAAGUACCUUGGUCAGUUCAAGAAUCCCCUUAUUCUGUUACUUUUGGCUUCAGCUGUUGUUAGUCUCAUCACUAAAGAAAUUGAAGAUGCAGUGAGCAUAACACUGGCUAUAAUAAUCGUUGUCACAGUUGCCUUUGUGCAGGAGUAUCGAUCUGAGAAGUCUCUGCAAGAACUAGGCAAACUGAUUCCUCCAGAAUGUAACUGCAUUCGUGAAGGUAAGCUGGAGCAUCUGUUAGCAAAGGAGCUUGUACUGGGUGACAUCGUGUGCAUUUCAGUUGGUGACCGAGUCCCUGCAGAUGUCCGACUCUUUGAGGCUGUCGAUCUGUUGAUCGAUGAAUCAAGUUUUACAGGGGAAUCAGAAGCUUGUAAUAAAAGUACAACAACCUUGACAGAAUCUGGGGAUCUGACUUCUCUUCAAAACAUUGCAUUCAUGGGAACCCUGGUACGAUGUGGCAAUGGAAAGGGCAUUGUGAUUGGAACUGGUGAAAGCUCUGAGUUUGGAGAAAUAUUUAAAAUGAUGCAAGCUGAAGAGGCUCCAAAGACUCCAUUACAAAAAAGUAUGGACAAGCUAGGAAAGCAAUUAACACUCCUUUCAUUUGCUGUUAUUGGUUUAAUGAUGCUGAUUGGUUGGUUACAAGGGAAGCAUGUCCUUGGCAUGUUUACGAUUGGAGUUAGCCUGGCAGUUGCAGCUAUUCCAGAAGGCCUACCAAUUGUUGUCACGGUAACGUUGGCACUAGGUGUAAUUAGAAUGUCAAAGAAGAAAGUCAUAAUAAAGAAACUCCCUGUUGUAGAAACAUUAGGUUGCUGUAAUGUUAUUUGUUCUGAUAAGACUGGCACCCUAACAGCUAAUGAAAUGACUGUAACGCGAUUGGUUACAUCAGAUGGAAUCCAUGCAGAGGUAACUGGUACAGGAUAUAAUGGAAAUGGUAAUGUACACUUGUCAUCCAAUGGAGAAAUAGUAAAGGCAUUCUCCAAUCUAUCUGUAGGAAAACUGGUUGAAGCUGGAUGUUUAUGCAAUAAUGCUGUUAUCAGAGAAGACACAUUAAUGGGACAACCAACAGAGGGUGCCUUAAUUGCUCUUGCAAUGAAGAUGGACCUUGAUCAUGUUAAGCAGAGCUAUACGAGGAAGAAAGAAUAUCCAUUUAGCUCAGAACAGAAAUGGAUGGCAGUUAAAUGUGUCCACCAGAGUCGGGAAACUGAAGAAGUUUACUUCAUGAAGGGUGCGUAUGAAGGAGUUAUUCAGUACUGCAGCAAUUAUAACAAUGGUGGCAUGCCUGUGCCCCUCACACCACAACAAAAGACUAUAUAUGUCCAACAACAAGCAAAAUUAGGAUCAGAGGGUCUGCGUGUGCUCACACUAGCUGCUGGGUGUGAAUUAGGUGCACUUACGUUCUUGGGAUUGAUUGGCAUCAUUGAUCCACCAAGAACUGAAGUCAAGGGAGCAGUUCAAAUGCUUCAAAGUUCAGGCAUUGCUGUAAAGAUGAUCACUGGAGACUCUAUGGAGACAGCUAUUUCUAUAGGAAAAAGCAUAGACCUUUAUACUGAUGAUAUGGAGGUUAUGUCAGGGGAGCAGCUGGACCAACUAAAAGAUGAGGAUCUUUCUGUCAUGGUAAUGAAGGUGGCCUUAUUCUUCAGAACAAGUCCAAAGCACAAGCAGAAAAUAGUUAAGGCACUUCAGAGCAACAGUGCAGUGGUGGGAAUGACUGGAGAUGGUGUGAAUGAUGCUGUUGCUCUCAAAUCUGCUGAUAUUGGAAUUGCCAUGAAAGGAACAGGGACUGAUGUCAGUAAAGAAGCAGCAGGCAUGAUUCUGGUGGAUGAUAACUUUUCAUCUAUUUUAUGUGCAAUGGAGGAAGGCAAAGGAAUUUUUUUCAAUAUUAAAAAUUUUGUGCGCUUUCAGCUGAGUACAAGUAUUUCAGCAUUGAGCUUGAUUGCUCUUUCUAUUAUAUUUAACCUACCAAAUCCACUAAAUGCAAUGCAGAUUCUGUGGAUCAACAUCAUUAUGGAUGGACCUCCUGCUCAAAGCUUGGGUGUUGAACCAGUUGACCAGGAUGUCAUUAAACGGCCUCCAAGAGAUGUUAAAGACUCAAUCCUGAAUAAGGGCCUCAUUUGUAAAAUCUUAUUCUCCGCUAUUAUCAUUAUCAGUGGUACCCUCUUCGUUUUCUGGAAAGAGCUUCCAGAGGGGAAGAUUUCCUCAAGGACCACAACUAUGACAUUUACCUGCUUUGUCUUCUUUGAUAUGUUCAACGCUUUAAGUUGUCGCUCUCAGGAGAAAAAAAAAAUGCCCUUCACAGGGAGAAAUGGAGCGAGGCUAGGUGAGGAACUGCUGACAUCAGAUUCCUCACCCACUGUCAGGACAGAAUCUGGUCCCCUGUCAGGCGAGGACCAGGACCACUCCUUUCAGAAGGUCAAGAGAUUCAUGUGCCACUCUGCGAGUAUUGCAUCUCAUUCCACUAUAACUCUUCACAUUAACUCCACCAACAUUGCUCACCAUUUCCAACCACUGGCCAUCACACCUCCUUUGGGAUGAGCAUGACCCUGACUGAGAACUGGGCUGCUCCACUGGGGGCACCUCGGAGGAAAGUGUGUCAGAUGAUUCAGAGGAAGCAUGAGCAACACAGCCUCCUGCAUCUUCCAAACCAGCUCAGAUCCUGACACCUCGGUGGGAAGAUCAGGGUUAGAACAUAUGACAGCUCAGUCUGGUGAGCACCUCACUGCAACAGCUCCGCAGCGGCCUGAGAUGGAAAUCCCACAGGCUACCGGCACCUUGAGGCCUGCCGGGACCAGGAAGCCACUCAGCUCCAGGCAGGACAGGUGUCAGCAAUCACGAACUCUAUCUAAAUACACAGGGAGGCACAGGAGCAGCAGGUGGCUGUAUCGGAGGCAGUCACCCUCAAAGCCAAGAAACUGCAGGAGUACAGAACCCUGUUGCCUCAAACCUGUGACCAUAUGGCUGCCCCCCAUGGGCAGGUUGGUGGCUGCCAACCACAGCCUGCCCAACACACUCAGGGUCUGCUGGAUAUGCACACAGACCUGCUGUCUAUCUUCUCAGCCAUUGGUCCUCAUGAGCAAAUGCAUGGCAUCGUUAGGACAGGAACCUGGCACUCAAUCCAGGUGCCCUAUCAUGACGAGGAGACAAGGCAGCACCAGGAUACAUCAAGGUGAAGGAGGAAUCAUACUCAUCUCUCUCAGAAGUCUCCAAGGGUGGCCAGCUCUUCCUCCUCCCUGCUGUGGUCACUGAAGUGGCUGGGGCAGGGAAAUGUGCAGCACACAGAGAACCAAUGCAUUAGGAUCGCUGAGGAUUGAGAGGCUAGCAAGCCUGUGAGCUGUACAGUGCAUUAGUUUGUGUGCUACAUUCUUGCCCUGUAAACAGCCUCAUAUCACUGAGUCUGGCAGCCCAUCCUUCACUAUAGGUUAAGGCACUUAACCCACACACUCUGGGAUUAUUCACAGGCAUUUCCUUCCCUUUGUGUAUUUUUGAAGGUGACAACAAGCUCACUCCAGGCUGUGAUUUCCAACCACCAACUCAAGGACACUGAAUAUUGAGGUCCCUUUCCUGACAACCAUUCAUGUGAAAACCCUAACUCCAUCCUUCGCACCUACCUAGCUCCCUACUUAUCUCGUCUGCACCUCCCCCCAGCCUCAGCCCCUGCAUAUGAGGUAACUGUAUCAGGUGUGGUCAUACACUGUUCCACCCCUUCCACCACCUCAUCUGAGGCUAUGGCAUUCUCAAUAUGUUUUACCUUUUCCCCUUAUAAAUACAGUUGCCCUCUUUCACAGCUGUCACUACCUCUUCUUCACCCUGUAAGCCCAAUCCUUUCAGAGUCCUAAGACUCCUUCCCACAACAGUGCCCUCCCCUCACCCCGCCCAGACCUCUUGGCCCUCGGUUGUGUGGAGCUGACAAACUGACCAGGGUGAAACCCCUUGAGUGACCCAACUGGACAGCUCCAGACAAGAAGUACCCAAAACCCUGACUGAUGCCUGGACAUCUGUCUUGACUGCGUUAGCCCUAGCCCCUGGACUGGCCAUUACGGAGCAACAGAACUGACUGUGAACCACUUCCUGGACAGCAGAGUGUUCAGGAUAUUCCCAACUCUCUAUCUGGCUCUGCCAGCAAUCACAAGCUCUCCAAGGAGGUGCAAUUUACACAUACUUUGAAAAGCCACAGAAACGCAGCAAAAUUGUGUGUGGCAAAACACACCAUUUUACCAUGUGCCUCAAAAUAGGGACCCCUACCUCUGAAGAGGUGCACCUGCAAUUUACUCUACUCGCUAUUCCUGACCAUACAGUUAUACAGCAUGGACGCUGACCCUUCGGUCCAACCAGUCCAAGCCAACCAUAAUCCCAAACCAAACUAGUCCCACCUGCCUCCAUUUGGCUCAUAUCACUCCAAACAUUUCUUAUUCAUGUACUUAAGUCUUAGAAACAGGUCUCAAGAAAACGUGCUGUCGAGAAGCAGGAGGAAAAUUAUUUUUCCAACAAAACAAAAUUGUGUUUUGCAACCUGACCCAUAUCAAUGUUUGCAUUGAGAGACAAAGAUCUGGCAUUACAUUUCAGCUUUGGUCUAAACUGUGUUAUGUCAAGGUUCAGGAUAACUUUUACACCUUUUCUUUU